CUUUCACCCACGGUCACUCCCCCAGUUGUCGUACGAUAGCCCCGCCCCUCUUUCCACCAAUAGCCAUUACCCAACAGCCUCGUCGGCAGUACCAGCCAGAGGGCCCUUUUGGCGGCGCUUCCCGGAAGUUUCCUGCUAAAGGCUUGGAAAUGGAGGACUGGGAUGUGGAGGAGAAGCCGUUCGCUAAGGAAGAGGUAGAGGCUGCGAACAGCGGGGGCGGAGGGGAAGACGAGGAUGACGAAGAGGAGGCGCUGCCUCACGCCGAGGUGGUGGAUGUGUUUCAGGAGGGGCUCGCCAUGAUCGUGCAGGAUCCGCUGCUCUGUGACCUGCCUAUCCAGGUCACUCUGGAGGAGAUAAAUUCUCAGAUAGCUCUGGAAUAUGGCCAAGCAAUGACUGUCAGAGUGUGUAAAGUGGAUGGAGAAGUGAUGCCUGUUGUGGUGGUACAAAAUGCGACAACCUUGGACCUGAAGAAGGCUAUCCAGAGAUAUGUGCAGCUCAAACAGGAGCGGGAAGGAGGCAUACAGCAUAUCAGUUGGUCAUAUAUAUGGAGAACAUACCAUCUCACUUUUGCUGGAGAGAAACUAACUGAAGAUGGGAAAAAACUCCGAGAGUAUGGUAUUCGAAACCGAGAUGAGGUCUCCUUUAUCAAGAAACUGAGGAACAAAUGAGGGAUCAAGCAGUUCAAACCCAGGAGACUGCUACUGUGCCAAGAUCUUUUCAUCCAGCCCUGAACAUGACUGGAGAGGAAAGUUUGGGUGACAACAUGGGGCUAGCUCCCAAUGAGGAGAAGACCUGGAACUUGAACCUUGGUGCCUUGGAUGUGACCUGCCUGCUGGGCCAAGCACCCUCUGACACUCUCACUGUGUUUGCAACCCCUGCCGCCUCUGUACUUGAUGAUCCAUUCAAACUCCAGGAUCUUUAUUUUGAGCAAAACAAGGGACAUGGGGCUACAAUUUCUAUACAAUCUGUUUCUAUUGAUAAGAGACACUGAGUGCUUUUGCUCUCUAGUAUCCAGAAGCACCUUUUCUCAUGCUGGUGAGCUUGGGCCACUUUUUUCCUGACCUGAUUCAGCUUCUCCUUGCCCACUUCUACCAUGCUCCUACUUUUCCUUCAGGUCUUAAAAACAAUCAUUUUGCCCUUUUCCCAACCCUAGCCUGAAUGACAUCUUGAAAAGUUGGUCUGAGCAUUCCACAACUUUGUGGCUCCAUGCUAUCACAAUGCCCCCGGUACCCACAGCUACUAUUUUUCAGUUGUGUUUGAAGCUUUCCCACCACUACCCCAUCGAGGCUGGCAGCCUAGGAAGGAAAAAGACACAGGCAUGAUCUGAGUUAAUGGCAGCUAAAACGCUCCCGUUCCAUUUAUUGGCCACAUGUGGUGGUCGUCAGCUGGGCUAGUUAAAAAGGUAGUUAUGGACACUAGUGUAAUAAAAACCUGGAGGCAUAAAAGGGGUUCAACAAAACUGAACAAGGCACAAUCAAUCUGUUUUCAGGAAACAUGUGAGUCAUGGUGAGAUGAGGCAGGGCCAGGCUGGACUGCCAAGUGCAGAAGCCUGGGAGGUGGGCAAGAUUGGCCAGUGGGAUGCGAUGCAGCGUUGUCCCCACCUGGGGGAGAGGGAGACACAGCUCCUGCUCCGGUCCGGCAUCACUGUCCCCCAUCUAAGUUCCACCUCCCAUGGCCCUGGAUCAGUGGAGCUGAGCAUCCAAUUCAUAUUUCUCGCAAAACUUGUCUGUGAAGGGGAUGCAUGUGAGGAACUCACACCACUCACAGCGGAUCGGGUAGAAGUAGAAGAGGAUGACCAGGCCAGAGAGGAGCCCCAGGAAGAUGAUCUGAAAGACAAUGAUCUGGCACCGCUUGCGAUACAGGUCGAACUUGCCAAAGCUGAUGUAGGGCAAGAAGGCAAAGGAAAGGAAGAAGCCACUGAUGAAGCCAGAGAUGUGGGCAAAGUUGUCGAUCCAGGGCAGGAGACCAAAGGUGAAGAGGAACAGCACCACGGCCAAAAGCUUGAAGAAGGCUCGCCAAGGCCGAGCCAGGAUCUGCCAGCUCUGGAACAGCUCCACAAAGAGGCAGGCAAGGAUGCCGAACUGGGAGCCUGCGGGGCCAACCUGCAGGGAAGGAAAUGGAGAAGAGGAGAGGGAGCUGCUGGGGCCUCCAAAAGACUGCCAGAAGGAGGGAACUUGUAAAACUGGGGAGGGGGAGGAGUAUAUUGGGACAGGUUGGGAUUAGAAAUAAAACCCAGAAAGGCAAAGGGUUACCCAGUGAUCCUUGCUGAAGGCACAGCUGCCAGCAGGUAGGGCACCUUCUAAGCCCAAAUUGUCUCAAUUUACUCUUAUUUUCCACCAUCACACCACCUCCUUACAGGAAGCCUUCCCUCUGUUUAGCCUUUGUACCCAGCAGUUUGCAUGUUGUGAGCUCCUCCAGGAGACAUUUGCCUUUCUUUGUAUCCUCAGUGCUUAGCACAGUGCUGAGACCUUCAUGUUAAUAUACUGACAGACCCUCACCACAAUUUUUAAAGGAACCAAAGGUU